ACAUAAAAAGGCAGAAAUGACGGAAACUCCAAAGCAAGAAAGCACCAUUGAUUCCAGUGAGCAAGAAAUCAGAGCUUUUUCAACACCUGGCUUUCCUCCCUCUUCUCCAUCCGUCACACUAUUUGUCCAUUCUAACCGUUCACACUUAACAAAGACAAAGUGACAACUCCCCACCCACUUAGUAAUUUUUAUUAUGAUAUAUGAAUCCGUUUGAAGUGAACCCCCUUCAUUAAAGUUUGGAAAUUUUCCCAAGUCCCAACUUCCCUUGCCCCCACAGUACCCCUAUUUCAUCUUUUGGCUCAUUACAUUACACUCUCUUUUUUACUUUUACUCGACGAGAGGAAAGAAAAUAAAAUAAAAAAAUUAAAGGUUAUCUCCUGAAUGAGCAUUGCACAAAUGUCAAUCGCAUCAGUGCCAUUUGGUAGCAAAACUCCAGACCCACUAAUCUCAGCCAGUUUGAUGAUAAUAAUGACACUAUCCUCCCACCCACUCACCGAAAACUCCCCCAAUUUUCAAUAUCACAAAAAGAGAGGAACAAGAGCUUUUUGCAGAACCAGAAGCAGUAUUGGUGGUGGAGUAGAAGGAGUUGAUAAUGGCGAUGACCGAGGCGUAUGGAGUGGUGGCAGAUGGAAAUGCAGCACUUGUUGCCAACACUAUGAAUGGUGUUUUUGAGGCUACUACUCCUACUCUCAAUUUGAACGCUCAGCCUCAUCAGACCACGAAAAGAAGUCGAAGCCAGAGGCGUAGGCGUUCUUCUAUCAACUUUGCCUCUCUGCUGGAUUUCCCAUCUUUCCUUCCCCACGUGCCACCUCCUCCUCCUAUGCCUGUCGCACGUGCACUUGAACCAACGGGGUUCAGAUUUCUCUUUGACAAGCAGCUUCAGAACAGUGAUGUUAGCUCCCUAAGGAGAAUUGUCGUGCCCAAGAAAGCAGCUGAGCGAUAUCUUCCAACUCUUGAGAUCAAGGAAGGGUUUCCCAUAACCAUGGAUGACAUGGAUGGCAUCCAUGUCUGGAGUUUCAGAUACAGGUCUGAGGUUUUUUUUUUCUUUUUUUUUUUUAAAUUUACUUGAGGGAACGAUAUUUCUAAGCUAGUGAAGCAAUAUAGAUUGAAGUGUCCGGGCGAGGAUGUGAAGACCAGCAUAUUAGAUAAACGCAAUUAAACUAUUUGAUGCUGGUCAUCCUUGAGCUAGAUGACAUUCUUAAUACCUCGCAUUGUAGUGAUAUUUUGCUAGUGCCUUAACAAAUUGGUUGAUUAAGUCAACAUUAAGGAGGAGCGCGCGC